UAAGGGGAGGAGCCAGGAGUUGCGUGUUGUGUUACUCAUUUUUGCUGUGUUACCGGGUAUAAAUGCCAUAGCCGUUAUUAUUACAGUGGAAAUUAAUCUGAUCAAGUUACGCUGAGUGAAAUAUACAGUUUUUUGUUUUGUUUUGGGUUUUUUUUGCAAGGGAAGACAAACAGAAUCGUAUCGUGUUCAGAAAGCAGAAUUCCAGACUGUCGGAACUCUCAUCUUUUUUGUGUCAGAAAAUAGCAGCCUGUUUGACCGCCUUAUUUGUGCUUGGAGAAGAGUCUGGUGCUGGCAACGUUACUCUGCUUUUAACCAAGUAUGACUGUGAAGAGACGCUGUCUGGAGAGGCUGCUGCUGGUCCUUUCUCUGCUGUGGUGUGUUCCACUCUGUCUGUCUGGGUCCAGUACAGCGCGGUCCGCCCUCAUGGUGGUGGAGGGCAGUGAGCCGGAUGGAGAGGCCCAGGUGAGCGAUGAUGAGGACCCCGAGGACCUUGAGGUGUUCCAGCCUACCAACCAGUGGCAGGAGCUCAGGCCAGGCCAGGCUGUGCCGGCAGGAUCUCACGUGCGCCUGGACCUCCAGACUGGGAAGAGGGAAGCCAAGCUGCAGGACAGCCCGGGCGAGGAGGCGGGGGGCAGGCAGGGCAUGGUGAACACAGAGUCUCAGACUUUCACUGCUCAGGAGCUGAAGAAAGCGCUGAAACAUUUUAAAGAAGCUGCUGUGGUGCCCACUGAUGAGGAGAAGGAGGCAGCAGAGGCGCUGAGGGCUCAGUUCCGCCCCCUGGAGGAGCUCAAGAGAGACAUGGAGGCGCUCGGUGUGAUGAUGGAGACAGACUUCCAGAUCAUGUCUCGCCUGCUACAGCAGUUCAACAGCUCUGCAGCCUCGCUGGAGGAGAGGGUCUCUGCACUGCGAGAGAUGGAGUACCUCGUGCACCAGGUGGACACUGCCCAGGAUUUCGUCACCAUUGGGGGGCUGCAGCUGGUCAUCGGCACCCUGAACAGCUCUGUGCCAGUGCUGCAGGAACAUGCUGCCUUGGUGCUGGGCUCUGCACUCUCCAGUAACCCCGUGGUUCAGGUGGAGUCAGUGGAGGGAGGAGCUCUUCAGAAGCUGUUGCUGCUGCUGGCCACCGAGCAGCCCCUGCCUGUCAAGAAGAAGGCUCUGUUCGCCAUGGCCUCCUUGCUGCGUCACUUCCCCUUCGCUCAGCAGCGCUUCCUGAAGCUGGGUGGUCUGCAGGUGCUGGAGGCGCUGUUCCUCUCUCCGGGGGGGGCGUCCCUGCGCGUGCGAGCUGUCACCCUGCUCUACGACAUGAUCGUCGAGAAGGAGCUGAUCCUGCAGCAUGGUCUGGACCCAGUCCCCGAUGCCUCAUAUGAGGCCCGGCUCCAGCAGUACUCCCAGGUGUCUGUGCUGCCCCAGCUUGCGGAGCGAGGCUGGUGCGGGCUGGUCCCAGAGCUGCUGGCUUCUCCGGAGCACGAUGUGCGUGAGAAGGCUUUGCGCGCGCUACUAGCCAUGAUGCCGCCCUGCCAGGAGCUGUACCGGGGGGACCGUGCGCUCGCCGCAGCCCUCAGCCUCCUGCAGGAGCAGUACCAGGGGCUUGCGGAGAGCGAGCGCAGCUUUGGAGACGAGAACGGCUACUUUGGGGAGCUGCUGGGCCUGGUGGAGAGCAUGCUGGGGAAGCUGCGGUGACACCCAGCCUCGCCACCAGGGGGUCUGGAGAACCUGCCUCCACUAAACCACGGCCCUUGUCUCAUUGCGUCGCACCCCUACGGCUUUACAAACACAAUGCAAUAAAUGUACUGUUGUGCACGCUUGCUGAAGUGGAGCUAUGUUUAUUGCAGGGUUUGCAGUGAGAUGCUUUCUCCUCCCUUCCUCGUGUCAUUCUGAUAUAUUGGGGUUCACACAUUUUCUUUAUGGAUCACCGGGGUGCAAGUGUUAUUUUGAAGAAUUUUUUUUUUAAAGUUUUGUCAUGAUAGAAGUAGUGAAAACCCCAUGUAAAUGUAAAACUUGUAUGUCUUGCUGUUAAUCCUGUGCAGCAGGGGUUAAAAUAGGUUAGUAUGAAGCAGCCAGUGAUACAAACAGAAAGCGAUUCUAGCAACCAGGACUGGAACACCAAAGUGAAACCAGCAUGGAGACAGCUGGGUUUCAUCAGACUGAAAUAUAAAAGAUGCACAGCUGGGCCUGCCUGUGGAUUUAAUGGACACCCUCAAUAGUAUGAACUGUGCAGUGUGCCAACAUACUGUUUCAAGGACUUACCUUUGUGUUGAAAACAGGAAUUCAUUUGCACAGCUGUGUGUAAGCUUCUGUAAGUAAUAAAGUAAUGUAUGGAUGUGUUUUUCAUGUGGUCGUCGUGCACUCCUGCCUCGUGAGAGUAAUGGCAGUGUAACUGAUUGCAUAGUGAAAUGUUUUGAAUCCUCAGCUGCUGAUUUCUCCAGCUGCUUUGACUAGGUGUCGUCUUUGUGAAACACUGACUGUCUUGAACUGCGAUGCAAUG